AUGCGGAGUGGCGACUUCAGAGACCUGCGGCCCUUAGGCAUACGAUCCAAAGCGGACCUGUACAAAGAGGCCGCUUUGUUCCGGACCAUUAUCGACAAGGCCUUCGAACUGGCGCAUCACCAUGGGCAAACAAGGAGGCAGCAGAACCCAUACUUCUGGAGCUGGCGCAACGCGUUCGUCACCGGCGAUACCUCGGCCCUGCAUACGGAACUCAAGUACUCGUUUACCAGCUUUAUAGUCAGGCAGCACCUUUCCAAGGAUGCUAUUGCCUGCCACGAGAAGCUCGCCGACUUUCGCUUCCCUCAUGAAUGGUUCCCGGCCACGAGGACCAUGCAGAGGAAGAUCCACCUGCACGUUGGGCCGACGAAUUCUGGCAAGACAUACAAUGCCCUCAAGGCUCUGGAGGAGUCCAAAACAGGAAUAUAUGCCGGGCCACUGCGGUUGCUAGCCCAUGAGACCUACAUGCGCUUCAUGGCCAAGGGAAAGCGCUGUGCCCUGGUGACCGGAGAGGAACUAAGAAUUCCUGAGGGCGAUGGCAGCUAUUUUGCAAGCUGCACGGUCGAGAUGACGCCUCUCAACCGGCGAGUUGACGUCGCUGUCAUCGACGAGAUCCAGAUGAUUGGCGACGAGCAGCGAGGAUGGGCCUGGACCCAGGCCCUGCUCGGUGUUCAGGCGAAGGAGGUCCAUCUGUGCGGCGAAGAACGGGUGGUCCCCCUCAUAGAGGCCAUCUGUGCCAAGAUGGGUGAUGAAGUUGUCGUGCACCGCUAUCAGCGCCUUAAUCCUCUGCAGCCCAUGCAAGAAGGCCUCGGAGGCAAAUUCGAAAAUCUCAGAAAGGGCGAUGCUGUUGUCUCAUUUUCGAGGGUGAAUCUUCACACCUUAAAGGCUGGUAUCGAGGAGGCCACAGGAAAGAAAUGCGCUAUCGUCUACGGUGCAUUGCCGCCCGAGAGCAGAGCUCAGCAAGCAGCUCUCUUCAACGACCCGGACAAUGACUACGACUUUCUUGCCGCAAGCGAUGCUAUCGGCAUGGGUCUGAACCUGGAGAUCAGGCGCGUCGUCUUCGAGGCCGUGACAAAGCAUGACGGGAUCAAGAUUCGAGGCUUGACCUUACCAGAACUCAAGCAGAUCGGUGGUCGCGCGGGACGAUUUAGAACUGCCGCACAGGGCGCACUGGAUGCAGUUGCUGCGUCAGCUGCAGGAACCUCGGAUGCUGCUGACUCAAGGAGGCCACAGCCUGGGUUUGUCACCACCCUGGAGAACGAAGAUCUGGACGUCGUCCAUGAAUCUUUCGACCAAGAAGCCGAACCGCUAGAAACGGCGGGCCUAUUCCCGCCAUCCUUUGUCAUCGAGAAAUUCGCGUCCUACUUCCCAGCAGGAACGCCCUUCUCUUUCAUCCUCCUCCGACUGCGGGAUAUCGCACGGCUCCCAAGUCUCUUUCAAAUGUGUACCUUCAAGGACAACAUACAGAUCGCCACACUGAUUCAACCGUUUAACCUAACCGUUCACGACCGGUGCAUCUUCCUCACUGCGCCCGUCUCCCUGAAGGAUGUCGGCAUGCCUGAAAUCGUCCGAGCACUGGCGAAGCGCGUAAUGGACAACGAGAGCGGCCACCUGCUCGAUAUCGACGAGAUCAAACUCGAGAUCCUCGACCAUACAAAGGAUACUUAUCCGACCGGACCUGUCGAAUUCCUCAAGCAUCUCGAGUCCCUACACAAAAGCCUGACGCUGUACCUGUGGCUGAGCUACCGAUACGCGGGCAUCUUCCAGAGCCAGGCCCUUGCCUUCCACGUGAAAGGGCUGGUGGAGGAAAGGAUUAAUAAGUACCUUGAUACUCUCGACUACUCCCCCCAGGCCAGAAAGCAGCGUAUUGCCGAGCAGCGUAGGGCUGUGUCCAGGCGGCGCGUCAAGGAGAAGCAGGUGUUUGGAGAUACGGUAGACGAGGUGGAGAGUGUCCUGAUGGGUGGUGGCAGUAUUGUGCACUCGCCUCUUUGA